UCGCGGAAGUUACGGUGCAGUAGACCUAUAAAAUCUUGUUUUAGCGACGCAAAGGAACUAAAGUUGUUUCUAUGUGUCACAUCGCAUUUCGUCAACGUCUUACAAAGAAUUCACGGAAUUAAUUGAUGUUACCUACCGCAGGGUUUUUUGCUAAAUUUGAUUGCCCUUUCUUUGCUCAUGGUUACUGCCAGCGACCCUUUUGCCAUUUUAAACAUGCCAAAGAGGAUCUCCUUUGCCUAUCGCCGAACCGGAAGCGAGCAGGACCUGAAAAUGCUCCCCGUCCCCUAAAGAAAGGAACCCAUCAUAAACUAUAUGGAGCUUCAGAGAAGGAUCCUUGCUUUUUGGAGCUGGAACGGAUAAACAGAGAGAUUGAGACUGUCAAGUGUGAGGUGGAGAAGGAGCAGCGGAGGUUAUCUCACUACAAGACUCUUCAGGAAGACAUUUUCGGUAGCUGCUCCAGCAAAGCUUUGAAACCCCACAAUGGCUCCGAAGGUAAAGAGUGUAUUGCCAAGAACGUCACUUCUGCUCGCACGCCAGUGUCUGCUGUAGUCCAUGCACCUGGUAGCAAGUAUGUGGUGGAUAGCUCACGGCCAAGAACAGAUUUGGAGUACGACCCCUUGUCCAAUUAUUCUUCAGACCUAAAACCCAGCAGUGCUGUAGAAUGCAGAGUGCAAAACUGUGGUCAAGAAGAGACACCAAGUCUUAAAAGGAUGAGGGAGAACCUUGGUGAAGAUCAAAGGGGGGGCAGACCUGAAGAAGAUGACGAUGAUGAUGGAGUUCUUGUAAUAGAUAUUCCUCCUUUGGAGGAAAGCAGAAAGAGGUCUAGAGCCCCAAAAUUAUGUAGUGCAGUCCCAACAGUAUUGAAGGAAAGUUCUGGAUGUAUCAAAUCUGUAUCCUCCCUGCCAGAAUUGUGUGAUGUUCCAGUCUUUGAAGCAGAGAUCUCCGCAUGUAACACUGCCUGUGUGAAAUCAGAAGGGCAAAACUGCACUGACAUUUCACCUGCCACCGAUGGCAAUACAUCUGGGAAAACCAACAUCACAGAUGUGUUUGAGGAUAUAUCAAAGUGUCUAGAAAAUCUCAGAAGUGAAAGUAAAAAAAACACUCAUUUGCCAGAAUUUGAGCCUAUUCUAGGAAACUCAAGUUUUUGUGCUUCUGAUUCCAGAAGGAAUUUCUCUCCUGCAAAUGAUGGAACUGUACCCGGUGAUCAGACAGGAAUGCAACUGAGCUCCAUUGAGACCCGAAGUAGGCUUUCCAAUCCUCCUGAACAAGGGAAUGGUGUACAGCCAAAAAUGGCUAAAUCCCUUGUUCUUCAUGAAGGUAAUCUCCCUGUUCCCUCACCUGUCACGCAACAACCCAAGGAGCAGCAAGGCUUUGAGCAGGGAACCCCUCUUGAUGAAAACUCACCUGUGUCGCAUGUUCCAGUGGUGUCUUGUUCUCCAAAAGUGGCGGCACAAUUAUAUUUCACCGGAAAGACUGAUCAUCAUAGCAGUAGCCAGGCAGCAGUUCCCAUCCACCAGCAUGAGCAACGUGCAGUUCCUCAUAAUAUUGUAUAUGAGCCAGUUCCAGGACCUUCCAUAAGCAUCUCAAGGGCAAUUUCCAGUACAUUAGCUCUAUCUGCUUCAGUGUUGGAUGAAACCAGAAUACAAGAAAUUGAUCAAACUAACAAAUCAAAUUUGAGCUCUGAGGAGGAAUAUUUGGACAUGGAAUUUUCGGACAGUGACCCGAUGGAAGAGUGUUACAGGAUAUUCAUGGAAGCCAACCAGACAGAACCAGCAGACCCAGUUCUAAGCAAUGUUCCUGUUGAAGCUGUUGAUCUAGACCGGUCAGAGAUGAAGAAAGCCAUCCCUGCACCAGGCUCAAAGAAAAGAGUUGCACAUGUGUCCAAACAUGAGGUGACUAAAACCAGGCCACAGGUGAUGGUUCCGUUCCAAAGAGCAGUUCCCUUGCUAGUCAACCCUCCCAAACUGCAGCAGUUGCAGCAGAAGGCUGCUGUACUGACCGCCGCCGUCAAAGGUGGCCAGGCCUAUGUGGCAGCCACGAGUGGACAGAAAAAACAGGAAAACCUGCCUUCUGCUCCUUUGCCGAUUCCUGUUCAACCAACCUGUCUGAAUAUCCUGCCAGUUGGAGCUGCUUUGCAGUGGGGAAAUGUGCACCUUAUCAUUCCGGAUGGGACCAUUGCUCUACCCCUGACUCCAGUUCCAACACCACCCACCACCCCAUCAGCUCCACCCACAGUACCUGUGCCUCUGCACACCACCCUGACCCAUGCCAAGCCAAUUACAGUCAAGCGAAAGUCAAAGUGCCGCCCAGAGGCCAGUACCAAAGUUCCACAUGAUGUUCGGCAGCGUUAUGUCAACUUAUUCGUUGAGGAGUUCUUGAGGACAUCCUUUACUGUUCAAGAUGCCUUUGAAAAGGCGCUGGCAGAGGAAAAGACCAUUUAUGACAGAAGUGUCAACAAGCUCAAGUAUCUGAGUAUAGCUGUAAAUGUACUGAAGAGAUUGAAGAACCAGAGUACUCCCUCUGCCAAAGAAAGUGUCGAAUCCAAUAAUCCUGGAUCAAGAGGCCGCGUUUCUUUCAAUCCUCUAGUUCUGCAGGCUAAUGACCCAGGAGAGGUUAAUUUGUACACACAGCUGAAAGAACACAUCUUGUCUGAAAUACUACUGAAGGAGAACAAUUACCCCUUCGCCCAUCCAGAAAUACCUGGAAAAGCCAUACAGCAGGGGAGUAUUAGAAAAGGAAGCAGUGACUCUCUGAAGAGGAUCUGCUGUCGAUGCGGGGCUACAUACUCAGUCAGCCCGAGUGGGACCCACACCAGGAAAGAAGAGUGUAACUAUCACUCGGGGAAAGUGGUGCAAAACAAAGUGCCUGGUGGGGUAGAAACGUGCUAUAGCUGCUGCGAGGGGGCCAUCGGGACCCCCGGCUGCCAGGUAUUCAAGCUGCACGUGCAUGAUGUGGUCAGCAUGGAUGGUUUCGUGAGCAGCUCUCCCAGACCCCCCACGGAGAUUGGGAGCCCGGGUGUUUUUGCAUUGAACUGUGAUGUGUGCUACACCUCCCAAGGUCUGGAACUGCUCAGGGUAACUCUGGUCAACUCAAACCUGCAGGUGAUCUAUGAUGCCUUCGUUAAACCAGACAGUGAGGUCAUUGACUAUAACACCAGGUUUUCUGGAAUAAGCGAGGAGGAUGUGUCCAGUGCCAGCUUCUCUCUCCGGGAUGUUCAAAGUGUGUUGCUGAGCUUUAUCAGUGCUGACACCAUCCUGAUUGGCCACAGCUUGGAGAAUGAUCUCUGUGCACUCAAGUUUAUUCACCACACUGCAGUGGACACCGCUGUGGUUUUCCCUCAUCGCCUGGGGCAUCCCCACAAGAGACAACUCUGCAGCUUGGUUGCAGACCAUCUCCGGCGAAUUAUUCAGGAGAGUGUUGGUGGCCAUGACUCUGUAGAAGAUGCCACGGCCUGCAUGGAGCUGAUGCUGUGGAAGGUGAAGGAGGACUCGAAAGUGAAGAGGUUGUGACUGGAAUAAAGACUCCAUAAUAAACCUCCGUCCAUGUGCUUCCAGAGCCGUAGUGUUAAAUUCGGAGUCUUGUUUCUGUUUAGAAGGGCAACCUCAACAACUGUCACUUAUCUAAUGGGCUUUAUUUUUGUUUGGUUUUAUUUUCUUGUCCUUUUGUUCAAGUUUUCCUCCUUUUUUGGCAUCCCUAAUUGUCUAUUUGUGCCCUUUGAAAGGGCUGAUUUAACUCACUAGAAAUUAAUUCUCUACGUGUUCCUCUCCUGGGACUGAAGGGAAGUAAAAGCAUACAAAACGA